AUGAAGCGUUUUAAGGCAAAGCUCUUCGACUCCGACAGAACAUACAAACCUAAGAAAAAGCAUAAGGAAGGAACUGAACGUUACAACCUCCACAAGUUUGCCAAAUCACUUGUGCGCUCAGGUGACCUCAGUGCUGCUGUCAAGCUACCGCAAGGUGCCGAUCUGAAUCAUUGGCUUUCCGUACACACUGUAGAUUUCUACAACAUCACUAAUGUUUUGUACGGCUCUCUAACAGAGUUUUGCACGAACAGCAGUUGUCCUGUCAUGUCGUCAGGUCCACGCUAUGAGUAUUUAUGGCGUGACCCGCCGGAAUAUCCAAAAGCAACGAAGGUGAGCGCACCGGAGUAUGUGAGAUUGUUGAUGGAGUGGAUCGAGCGGCAGAUCAAUGAUGAACGUGUGUUUCCGUCUGAGGAUCGUAAUCCCUAUCCACCAGAUUUCGCGGAUAGAGUGAAGGCGUGUUUCAAGCGACUGUUCCGCGUUUAUGCACACGUUUACUAUUCCCACUUUGCGAAGAUUCGUGAGUUGCAGGAGGAAUCUCACAUCAACACCGCACUGAAACAUUUUAUGUAUUUUGUGUGGGAAUUUGAUCUGAUUCCUCGUGAGGAGGUGUCUCCGCUGCGUGAAUUGCUGGUAAACUUAAUGGGUCAGCGCGCGAAGGAAAAGUUGGAGGUUCCGUAA